UCUUGUCUCUCUCUUCUCUUAGUCCUGGGGAGUUAGUAUUAUCAUCAGUUCCUUCUAUUUUGCUCUCAUUUUGUCGUCAAAUUGCUUCAGGAAUGGAGUACUUGUCAAGGAAGAAGUUUGUUCACAGAGAUCUUGCAGCAAGAAAUAUAUUAGUAUCAGAUGAAGGAACAGGAAUAUGCAAGAUUGCUGACUUUGGUAUGUCAAGGGAUCUACAAGAUGAAUCUUAUUAUAUUUCACAAUCAAAAAAGAUUCCAAUAAAAUGGACAGCACCAGAAGCAUUACAUUAUAAGAAAUAUUCGAGUGCUAGUGAUGUGUGGAGUUAUGGAGCUGUAAUGUAUGAGAUUUGGUCAAUAGGACACAAACCAUUUGAAAACUCUACUAAUCAAGAAUGCAUUAGACUGGUUGAUUCAGGCUAUAGAUUACCACCUCCUCCAGGAUGUCCUAAACCAAUGUAUAAACUAAUGAUGCAAUGCUGGAAUCCUGAUACUCAUGAUCGUCCAAGUUUCUCAGAUAUAUCAUCAAGUUUCUCCUCACCUGAUAAACAAUUACUAAUGAUUAAUAAAGAGGAUCCUGUUACUGUACUGGGUGGAGCUUUAGAAACAAGCCACUCCCUCUACACCGACUUACAGUACAUGUACAAGAACUGAUUGAUUGUGUUGCCAGUUUAUAAACCUGU